AAGAAUAUAAAAUCAUUCCAAAUUUCACCUGCGCAAUAUGCCUACAUAAUAUUGUGGAGCGAACUAUCGCAACAACAACACUACCUCCUGUCAGAAACACCGAUCCUCGUCGCGAACAUUCGUGUGCCUAAAGUAGAACAUUUGCUUCGGUGUCUGAAUCAGUGUAAUUAAUUGAGGCAGUUUUGAUGCUGACGUGCCUCCUUCUGGAGUGCCAAUAAUUGAUCACUCUGUAUGGCUGGUGCAAGCAUGGCAGACACGCAGAGGAUUCGUCUUGCUGGAGCAUUUCUGAUCAUCCUGGGUUUGGGCGUGGGCCCUUUUGUAACAUCUCAAACAACAGGGGGGAUACAGACCCGCCUGUCCGGUGGAGAUUCUGCUUUGGGGGGCCGCGUCGAGGUGUACUACAACGGCGCAUGGGGGACUGUUUGCGACGACAGCUGGGAUAUUCAGGACGCCCAUGUGGUGUGUCGGUCCCUGGGAUAUCACUCCGCCCUCUCAGCCACGGUCAAAUACGGCACGGGAUCUGGGGAUAUCCUGCUGGACGAAGUCAGUUGCAGUGGGGAUGAGGCGGACUUAUCAGAAUGUUCUCACAACGGCUGGGGCGUUAACGAUUGUGAACACAGUGAGGAUGUUGGUGUUUACUGCACAGAAACUGGCAUCACGGGAGACAUAGACAUUCGUCUGGUCAAUGGAAAUUCCGACUCGUCUGGCCGAGUCGAGGUCUUCUACGGUGGUGUCUGGGGCACCGUUUGUGACGACAAUUGGGAUAUUUCUGACGCCAAGGUGGUCUGUCAAUUUCUUGGCUUUCCUUUCGCCGUGUCCGCCACCCGGAGAUUCGGCCGUGGCUCCGGCUUGAUUCUCCUGGACGAUGUAGAUUGCACUGGGCUGGAGACGCGAUUGGAGGACUGUGGUCACGCGGGCUGGGGCCAGACCGAUUGCACUCAUCGAGAAGAUGCAGGCGUCGUCUGCUCAACUGAAAACUCAGACGAGUCCCAGCCCUCUGAACCUUCAUCUGCAAGCUCAUCCUCUUACAGCUCAGAGGGUUCAUCCUCUGAAGACGACACGGAAGAAGAAUUACCUCCUGAAGAACCCGAUAUGCAUAAACAAUUCUUUGAUGAUAUACGUCUAUCCGAUGGAAGAGCCCCCUCUAGUGGCCGGGUCGAGGUAUUCUAUGACGGACAAUGGGGAACCGUCUGCAAUACUGGAUGGGAUUUGCAAGAUGCCACUGUGGUCUGCCGUUACCUAGGUUACCCCGCCGCCAUUUCUGCCGACCCGCAGGUCACUCCUGGCUCUGGACCGAUUCAUCUGAUUUGGGUGGGAUGCCAGGGGAACGAACACUUUUUGCAUGACUGUUAUUACGAUGACGGCAUCGAUACGUCCUGCGACCAUACCAGGGAUGCUGGCGUCGUCUGCUCAACAGAGGGCUUACAGAUAUCCUACCCUUCAGUUAACGAGACAAUGUUCCGACUCGUGGGCGGGGCUUCUCCAAAUGAAGGCGUCCUGCAAAUUCGAACUUUUAACGACUCGACCUGGAGUACGCUGUGCAGCUCGAGGUCGGCGAUACUACCGGGUGUCGGCGCCGACAUCUGCAGGCGGCUUGGAUACCCGGUGUUCUGUCAUUCUCAAAACGAUGUAGCUGUUCCCGAUAGCGUUGGAGACUCCCCGUUCGUUAGAGUCGCUGAUGACGAAUGCUUCUUUUCAUCGGUUGGUGUCCUCCAAUGUGGUCUGGUGCCCGACGUAGGAUACGCUCAGCCGUGUGCGGCUAAUGAGACGCUUUGGAUUUCGUGCGGCUCGGAUCUAGACUUUCGUCUGUCUUAUGGCGUGCUGGAGGGCACAGGCCUUCUCCAGGUGCGUUGCAAUGGUAGCCAACAAGCGUGGAACGCCGUAUGCGGUGACGAUUGGCUGACAUCUGCGCAUGCGCACAGAGCCGCAUGCCGCUAUCUUGGAUUUCCCGAGUCAGAUGUUGUUGCUCCUUAUUCUCUGGCGGAAUCGACUCUGUCGUCAUUGAUUCCUAGCCUCGUUCACGAAGUGGUUUGCUCUGGGGAGGAGGAUGAGCUGAACGAUUGUGAGAUUACCCAACCGACUCUUGAACAUUGCACCAACUACGCUGGUUUGAAAUGUAGCAACUAUACCGAGACGAAACUGGAGCUGAAACUCAUCGAUUCACAGUAUCCAGCAUCUGGAAUUGUGGUUGGUCGAGUGAGGGAGACAGACGAGUGGGGCGCCCUCUGCGGUCAUCCUUACGACUACCGAGAUUCACAAGUUCUCUGCCGCCAUUUUGGAUUCCAAGAAAGUGUGCAAGUGAGCAGGGGAUUUCUGAAUGGGACCGUACCACCGAGCUCGACGCUUGUGUCGACAAUCGGUUGUUUCGGCACGGAGACCGAGCUGUCCCAAUGCGAGAUGGUGUCGGAUGUCGACAAAAGCUGCGAUGCAUACCAGUAUCUGGAAUGUCAAGACGAAACAACAAGAUUUGAGGCUCCGGCGUAUCUGUGCGGUGAGCUCCACUACUGUGGAUACGACUGCAACCAAGGCAGUCGCGAUACACUCCGACAUUUUAAGCAAAAUACUUGUAAGUGUGACGACUCAUGCGCCUUCUUUGACGACUGUUGCUAUGACUACCACUCCAGCUGUCGAACUCCUCCCGAUGGGAGUGAAAUUACCAUCAACGGCGUGGAUCUGCACUACUACGCAUGCGUCCCGUUAACAAGUAGAAUAUUAAGCGAAAGAUUCGCAGACUUCGGGUUUGCGUUGGUGAGUGUCUGCCCAGACGGAUGGGUCGACAGUGUCGUGAGAAGGUCCUGCGAGAUGGCGGCUGCUGAAGAUGACUUGCUUGGUUCCUUGCCCGUCUACAUCGAAGAGGGGGCCGUGUACAAAAACCUCUUCUGUGCAAUUUGCCACGGGGUGAAUACCCGGGUCCUGAACACCUGGAGCAUCGACACGGAGCGAUGGGACCCAAACAAGUUGUGGAUCGAUCCGCCGCUUGAUGGUGAAUUCGGGUCGGCCCGUUCUUGUCCAAUUACAUCCGACAGAUCUUGUGUUGGGGAAUUUCUCAACACUUCUUUAGAGGCAGCAUGCAAUGACUAUUUUGCCCCUUUUUUUAAGAGUAGAAUUUUCUACCGUAACCCGCAUUGCGCCAUGUGCAAAGGGUUGCAUUUGCACCCAAGUGACAGUUGUGGUAAGCAGUGUACUUUGUUUUGCAGCAGUACUGAGAACUGGAAAGAAUGUAGAUCUGAUUGCGCACGGGCGCAUGCGCCUCCGACCAUAGCCAGGCUUUUCGAUUUUGAGUGGGGCAGUGAUGAGAACUCGGCCUGUGAGCCCGGGGAGCUUUACGAUCCUUUCCUGGGCAAAUGCCGUGUUGUCAUCUGCGCGUCAGGUGUAAGGGAUGAGGAUGGUGCUUGCAUUGAAUUACAAGCUGAAGAUGCAGAGUUGCCUCCCUUCCCGAUCCCAUACCAAGAGCGAUCUUCCUUUAUCGUCGAUGAUGGCUGCGACGCGCUCGUCAACCUCGAUAUGGGUCCGGAUGUCUUAUACUGGCAAGUUGUCCAAAGCGACACUCAGACGGCCAGACCUACUUCUGCGAGUUGGUUCGAAGUAUCAAUUAUAGUCAGAAGAGUCGACGCCAACGUCACUUCCAGCGAAGGUUUUUUCGCAAAGUAUGGCAAUCUAUCCAAGGCACUGGAACUUUGCAAUGUCGAUACCGUCACAUUGUACUCCACCGAAGGCGCACUGUUGCUAGCACAAUUUGACAGCUGUGUCAACGCAACAGUGGAAGCAAGCGAUGUUUUUAACUUUAACAUAUCUAAUCAUACUGAGCGAAACUUCAAAAUAUUCAACUCUCUCAGCUGGGCAAAGGGGGUUUCAACCUAUCUGAAAAACACCACAACACCGCAAGAAUGUCUUGAUGUCAUCAAGUUGAGUUGUUUUCAAGUUUUGACCUUGUAUCCUGAGGAGUAUGAGUUUCAGGGAGCUUCAUCCAUCGUGCAUCUAUCGACACGAAAAGAAUUUGUGUCGAGAGAAUAUGUCUUUUCCAAGACGGGAAAGCUGCAGUGUGCGGUCCCGUCGACUGGACUGAUCCCGUUUCAUUUGCCUUGUGGAUUGUCUCUCUAGUCUGCAGCUUUCUAUCUCUCUUU